CCUUGAGUUGAUUGAAAUUAGUUGAUUUUUUUUUUUGUAAUUUUUAGUCUGGAACGUCUAGAAAUUGUAGAUUAUAAAUUCAAAAAAGAGUGAGGACGUUUUGUUAGUUAUUAUUCUAUAACUGAAAUACUGUAAAUAUUAAGUAACUUAUUAUUGAAAUGGAACCAAUGACUUUAGGUUCUCCAGUAGGUAGUCCAAUGCAAAGCCCUAGUAGUGCGAGUAAUAAUUCAGCAUAUCUUCCAAGUUUUUUGCUGGGUGAAGCUACUACUCCGGCAAGAUUAGGACCAAAUGUAGCUGAGUCAACAAGAUUUUCCAACGUAGUUAGUUCAAAUUUACCAUCACCGAUUCCCAGCUAUUCAACUCCAGACUAUCGGCACAAUCGACAGAAAGCCAUAUUUGCAAAUGUCACAAGUCCUGGCAGCCCCAGAGUUGGAAACGAAAGCCAUGUUGGUGGUCCACCGACUCGAGGUCUCUUUGAUACAGUAGACGUAACCCAGCCUUCGGAGCCAUAUAAAAAUGCUGAAAAUUUAAAUCUGUCCCGCAAUCAAGCUCGGGUUAACACGAAUAAUGUAAAUGAUUUAUUUUUUAUGGACAACAACACAAGUAUUAGCAACAACGAACCGACGCACGGUCUUCUCAGAUGGAUAACUGUAUUUGGGUUCCCACCUGACGCCAUAAAUACUGUCUUAUCUCACAUAUCAAACCGAGUCCGUAUUGUUGAUAAACAUCCAGCACCUCAUCCUCAAAGUAAUUGGAUUCAUUUGAAGUGUGCGACAGAACAAGAAGCUCAACGUGCGUUACUGUGCAACGGCAAUAUUGUAUCAGGGUCAAUAAUGAUUGGAGUUACGCCAUGUACUGAUGAAGGUGUUAUUCUAAACCCGGAUAAAGAAAAUCGCGGUAAUUUAAAUAGAAGUAUGAGAAUCUUUUCAUCCCCCACUAAAUUGAAUCAAAGUGCAGACUACAGUAAUAUUGUACGUUCUCCAAAAAUACAAAACGCUCGACCAUUGGCUACUGGUUAUAAUCAUCAUUUAAAUUCUCAAUCAGUUCGAUCGCCGGAAAAUGUUCCUCAAAAAGCUUCUGGUAUUGUGUCUAAAGCUAUGGAAUUAGUCUUUGGGUGGUAAUCAUUUUAUUUAAAACUCGAUCAAUGUAAUUCUUUUAAUUGGUGAGUAUAUCGCGUCACUAAUUCCAAAAGGACAGUUUUUUAUACGCGUUUCAAAUCAAAAAGGCCUAUAAUUUUUUUUAAUUGCAAAUCAUAUUGUAGACUUAUUCUAAAGCUGAAAGUUUGAAAAAAAAUUUUUAGCGCCAAAAGGGAGUAUAAUUACGUACCUGAAGAUCGGAACGCGCAAUGAAAAUGAAAAAAAUUUUAUAAUUUAACUGCUUCUGGAUGUUUGGAGUGGCCUAAGAUUUUUGGCUGACAUACCAGCAUCUAUAUGGGAAACAUUUUAGAAAUCUAGUCAUCCAGUAGAUUUUUUAUUUUCAGGUAACAGACCUGGUACCCGAUCAGGGAACUAGUUCCCUAUCAUUCAUGUAUUUGUAUAUCUAUAUUUAGUAGAAUUUCGUAAAUAUAGAUAUACAAAUACAUGGAGUGAUCGGGUGCUAGUUCCCUGAUCGGGUACUAGGUCUCUUACCUUACCAAUCUUCAGGUACGUAAUUUACUCCCUUUUGGCGCUCAAAUGUUUAUUUUAAACUUUCACUUUCAGAAUAAACUUACAAUAUGACUUGCAAUUAAAAAAAAGUUAUACGCCCUUUUGAUUAAUCUAAACUCAAGGCGUAUAAAAAUAUGUCACUUUUGAAUUAGUAACGCGAUAUCGACGCUCACAUGAAUUUGUAUUUCAAAACAUUUCCGUUUUAGUAUAGGUUAUCAAAUAAAUAUUCAUAAUAAAUAAAUAAAUAAAUCAAUUUUAUAGCUAUAAUAUAAUUUUAAUAUCAUUUAUAUUGUAUUACUUAUUUGUAAUUAUAAAUAUUUAAAAGUUGGAACUUUUGUAAUAAGAUAGUAAUUAAAUUUUUUUUUAUUAUA